UGCUAGGGCGAAGUGUAUGGUUGGCUUCGGUGCCACCGGCGUGAGGCCCGGGAGUCCUCUGAACUUUCCCGAGCUCUUCUGGCCCCGUGUUCGUUUGACGUAUCGGGACAGGGUCUCAACGGGCGCUUGGGUUAAACGGGUAGAGAACUGUUGCAGAUUUGUCCUUUUACCCUCAUACAAUGCCGGAUUGAUGAAUAGGAGACACCAUAUGAUCCAGUAACCCUGUGGCUUUGUCACCUACGUAAUUUACAGGAAGAAAGGUGGCAUGGUACAAUGCACUCCUGCCUCCAGCCUUCCACCUGCCCCUGCCAGGACCUACCCUGGCCUUCCUGGUACUCAGCACACCUGCCAUGUUUGACCGGGCCCUCAAGCCCUUCCUGCAGAGCUGCCACCUCCAACCACUGACUGACCCUGUGGACCAGUGUGUGGCCUACCACCUGGGCCGUGUUAGAGAGAGCCUCCCAGAGAUGCAAGUAGAAGUCAUCGCUGACUACGAGGUACACCCGAACCGGCGCCCCAAGAUUCUGGCCCAGACAGCAGCCCAUGUGGCAGGGGCAGCUUAUUACUACCAACGACAGGAUGUGGAGUCUGACCCCUGGGGAACCCAGCACAUAUCAGGUGUGUGCAUACAUCCCAGAUUUGGGGGCUGGUUUGCCAUCCGAGGAGCAGUGCUGCUGCGAGGAAUAGAGGUGCCGGAUCUGCCACCCACAAAGCCCCUCGACUGUGUACCUGCAAGAGCUGACCGGAUCACCCUGCUUGAACGCUUCAACUUCCACUGGCGUGACUGGACUUACCGGGAUGCUGUGCCACCUCAGGAGCGCUACUCAGAAGAGCAGAAGGCCUACUUUUCCACUCCGCCUGCCCAACGCUUGGCCUUAUUGGGCUUGGCCCAGACCUCAGAGGAGCCUAGCUCUACAUCCCAAGAGCUUCACUUUACCACAUUCAUACCCAGGAAGCCUCAGAAUCCCAGCAGAGGCUGGCUCAGCCCCAGGGUCUCACCACCUGCAUCCCCUGGCCCUUGAUACCCUCCCUCCCCUGUGGGAUCCUCAUUUAUGACAGUGGCACCUGCUGGGACUUAUUUGGCUAGAUAAGAUUUUACUGGGUACAAGAUGGUCAUUUUUGAUAAUGAAUUAUAGUAGAGAUCUUAAAUGAAGAUAACAAGGCUUAAAGAAGUUUGGUCAAAAGACCAAAGCAGAUCCAGACUUGCCACCUGCCUUGGAAUAUGGGAUUAUUACCUGUUACCAUUUCUCUGCAGUGCUUCAAGAUGCUACUUGUUACAGGGCUUAAGAAGCAACUAUCCCCUAAAUAACGGUACCUGCCUCAGAGGGUUAUUAUGGAGACUGAAUAAAUACGAAAUAGUGCCUGGCAUAUAAUAAGCUAUUAUUAAAGGCCCCAGGAAUCCUA